AUGUCAUCCCUAAGUUCUUCCUCCUUCCAGUUCCCGUCUUCCUCUCUUUCAAUCAAUACUACUGAGAAUAUGAGCCGAAAAUUUAGCUCCCUUAAGGACAUUAACGAUUCAAAGGAAACAUGGAGAUUGGCCGUUCGAGUUGUUGAUUUAUGGAGUGUUAUCAACAGCAAGGGUAAGGAGCAUCUGGAGAUGGUUAUAAUGGACGCAUCGGGUGAUAGGAUACAAGUUUUGAUUCGUGCUGACCAUACACCAAAAUGGAAAGAACGAAUACAUGAAAACAUGACUUGCAUAGUCAACAAUGGAACUGUUUAUGAUAACGAUUUUCAGUGGAAGCUUUAUGAUCAUGACAAGAAGUUUGUGUUUAUUGGUGGUACGACUGUGAAGGAAGUUGAUAUUCAUAACCUUCCUCCGAAAAGUUUCUAUUUCAAAGACUUUUCUGAUAUACUUGCAGAUAUUAUUGGUGUUGUUCAAGAGAUCAACAAUUUUCAGUAUAACAACUUUGGAAAAAAGUCUUUUGUUUCCCUCAAUGUUAAAGACCUGAAUGGUGCUAUUGUAAUUGUACUAACUCAUGCAAUGAUAAAGGAUUCACAAGUCUCAAAUGGAUGGAGUGGAUCUAAAUUGCUAAUUAACGAAGACAUUCCAGAGAUAACUGAGUUUUUAUCAAAGUUACCUGCAAAUGAGCAGACUGAAAAGCCUUCGCAGUCAUCAAAGGGUAUGUCUCUUUGGUCUGGUGCCUCUCAAUUCACCCCAAUUGAAAGUUUCGUCCAUAAGGCCAAAUGUAUUUCUCUGAGUGAGCUCUGCAAGGUCAAACAGGACAUGUUAUGUGUUACUGUUGGAACAACUCAAAAGUUUUUUGUCUCAAAACAUGGUUGGUUUUAUUAUGGAUAUACUAAAUGUUCUUUAAAGGCAUUUGAUGUGAACAAUCCAUACAAAUGUUCAUAUGGACAGAAUGUUGAACAUGCCAUACCAAGGUAUCUAGUUGACAUCUAUGUAAUUGAUGGUGAAUCAAAAUUUCGCUUUGUGUUUUGGGAUACUGACUGUGCCGACAUUAUUGGAAAGUCUGCUGAUAGUAUUUAUAAAGCAAUGUUGGAGGAAGGUGAAGACGAUCCUAUGACAUAUCCUGAUGAACUUGACACGCUUCUUGGUAAAAAAAUGGCGUUCAGGGCUAAAGUUCAGCCAACAUUUGGCCAAGCAUCUGUUUGGAAACUUUCAUAUGAUGAAGAAUUUAUCAAGGAAAUUGAGAGAGAUUAUAUUAUUAAUGAGGAGUCUUUGUCUGCAUAUGAAAAAAAUGAUCCUGAUAAAGUUGUAACCAAUACGCCGUCUAAAGGAAGUCUAAUUACUCUUGAUGUUGAAGAUUCUGAAUGUCAACCUUAUGGAGCUACUCAAAUUUCAGGAACGAAACCAUCAAAGAAAGUGAAGAUUGAAUCAAAUGUCUGA